UCAGAAGUCUUAAAACAGCAGAAAAUUCGACGAAAAGUAAUGAAACUUAGCUUUCUUCAUCAUAUUUAGUUAUGAACUAACGUGGUCAGGGAUAUAGUUUAUCAACGAAAAUAAGACAUGAGACAGCCAAUUGAACCAAGCAAAGAAGAUUGCUGUAACAGUGGAUGUAAUCCUUGCGUAUUUGACGUCUACGAAAAACAGCUAAAAUUGUACGCAGCAUUUGUAAAGAAUGGGGAAUUGUCAGAAGUGGUAGAAGAAAAUGCUUUAUCACAAUUAGAAUAUACUAAGUUUACACUUGUAGAUAAUUUAGAACUGUGUUCAUUUCAUAGGAUCCUUGCAUUCAAAAGGACUGAAUCUGUAAUUGGGAAAAAGCUAUUUUGGAACGCUGGUGAUCAUUUCUUAGUGAAAUAUAGUGCAGGAGGUGAAGUGUGUAGUAGAGCAUAUACUCCUAUCAAAUAUACUAUUGAGAUUAAUGACUAUGACUUUGUGAUAAUUGUGAAGAAAUAUGAGAAUGGACAAGUAUCAAGUUAUUUAUGUAAUAUGACACCAGGGCAAGAAACAUUGUGGAGAGGGCCCUAUGGAUCUUUUGAAUUUGUACCUAAUAAGUAUGAAAGAAUAAUUAUGAUUGCUCAAGGGACUGGCAUAGCUCCAUUCUUUUCUAUCAUACAAGAUGUUUUAACCAAUGAAGAUGAUUACACUAAAAUAGUGCUAUACUUCUGUUGUUCAUCACCAGAAACAAUUAUUUUAAGAAAUGAAUUAUACUCAUUUAAAUCUUAUUGGAAUUUUCAAUAUAAUGUUUUUAUAAAUAAUUCAAAUUGUAUGCCAAAGUAUCAGGAACCUAUUCAUAAUAGGAAACUGGAGUUUACAGAUUUAAAAUUGUUAGAACCAUUCUCCGGUAAUGACCAAUUUCUGAUUUGUGGAUCAACUUCAUUUAUGAAUAAUUUUAAAAUCCUUUUAAUUGAAGCAAAUGUUUCUUGUAAUAAUAUCAAAGAGUUUUAAUAAAUUGAUAUACAAAAUUAUAAUUUACAAGCAGAGUGUUCCUUUGUACAUAAUUUGAUUAAUUAUCUGAAUUAUAAAUUUAUUAUGAC